AUGGGGGAUAACCCUGCUGGGUCGUGGACCUCGCGGGUGAAGCCCGUCAUCAUCGCUUGUGAGCGGUGUCGGAGAAGAAAAAUUCGAUGCGACGGGGAGACGCCGUGUGCGACUUGUCGCCGUUUCUCACUCCAUUGCGUACGACCCCAGAAGAGCAGCGAGGGCCAGGCGGCGCUGGAGCAGCGCGUACAACAGCUGGAAGCGCGCAUUAUUGAGCUGAGCACUGGGAUACCAAACCCGCCGGUUUCAUACCCAGGAGAUAGUCAUUCAGCACGUCAUUCCUCGCCGCCGUCUCUUCACCUGCUCACUGACCUGGAACCGCCGAACCCCUCUACGCUGGACAUCCCUCGGAUCGAAGUGGUGGACUUUGUUGAUAACAUGUCUCCGUUGUCCUCGUCCUACAUGUCGUCCACAAUGUCUGCAGCUCCGAGUCCCCUCUCCCCCAUGUUUGACGGACGCUUAAUGCCGCCGAACAUGGGGAUGACGUUAUCUCCCCCGAUGUCGAUGUGUCCAUCGCCCGGGCUUGAUCCUAUCCCCCAUUUAUCACCAGGGAACUUUGUAGAAACGCCCCGCUCGCGACGGUCAUCGAUGUCAAUCUCUGAGUACAAUCUGGAUCUGGACCACUCGAAUCUCAACUUCCCAAUGGCCGAUAUGGGAGAAGACAUCAGACCACCGAGCUUCAGCUUCUUCCCGCCACCCGAGACGGACAAUCUCAGUGGCAUGCCGACUAGCGUGGAAAUCCAGCCCCUUCUGGAUAUUUUCCUCCAAAAGACCUCCGGAAUGGGAUAUCCCCUUGGCCAUGACAUGUUCCGGAUCUUCCUCGAUAUCAUCGACGGAUCCUCCCAACGACCUGACACUCACGGAGAUGGAUACCCGGUCUCAAUGGCCAAGUUCCAUGUGUACAUGGCAAUGGCGGUGGGAUUACGGAUGAAAGAGAACUGUCGACCGCGAGAAUUGGAGUUACUGGAGACCUGCUAUCGGGUGGCUGUGGAGCAGAUUCAGUCGCGUCGUUUCUGGGACCAGCCCUUGGCGGGUGAAGCUGCGGUACUGCUGAUGUUGUUCGCACAAGCUAGUCAGCAAACAAGGUCAUGA